AUGGAAGCCUACUACCCUUCCCAACACACCUCGUCCCCCCAGUUCCCUCUUGUCCAGCCUCCAAACUGCCCUCUAUGCCCCAACACGCCUAGACGCGGCAGAGUUGAUCCUACAAGAAGUGCUACUGCUGGUCGUCCCUACUACUACUGUCAAGCCGGCCAUAAACGUCGCUUCAUCACCUGGGAUGACAUGCUGGGUAUCCUCCCUACUAACCCCCGCUGUCGAUGCGGUCAUCAUAGUCGACGAAAUGAAGGCAAUGGACCUGUACCAAGUGCAUGGUACAAUUGCUCUUCACGACGAUGUUCCUUCAACGAGAACAUCGACGACGAUGAGAGCGAUGAGUCUCCCCACUCUAGCCCUUCUAGCUGGAAGGGCAAUACUGCUUCCUACACAACCGCAGGUUCAAACUAUAGUGGACAUGGCAGAAAGAUAUCCGCUGGAGAGGACAGAGAGAGCGAACUUCUUGACAAGAUGAAUGCUAUGACUGUCAAGAUUGAGCAGCUUGAGACUAGCCUUGCCUCUCAGCCCUCAACCACUGCAAGACAUUUCGACGACAACUGUUCUCUGCAUGGGUAUGGACGCCGGUCGCUUUUCGGCCGUCGCCGCUGUAUCUGUAAAUAG